AACUGAUGACUGCAAGAUUCAUGUGCUUUGCGUACCCUUUGCCAUAGCUACCUACCUGACCUUACAGGUACAUGCACGGCUUUUAAUAAGGUCCCCUAACAGUACACCUAGAUCUACCCACGGCAAGUCGUAGCUGCUGCUCUCUCUCUCUCCCCUCACCCUUCCCUCGUACAACUCACCACCAAGAUGCCCGUCACCCAGUUCAGCCUGCCUGAAAAGUACAAAUAUCAGAACGGAUUCGGCUGCUAUCAUGAAACUGAAGCCGUAGAGGGCGCUCUGCCUGUUGGCGCCAAUAACCCGCAGAAACCUCCAUAUGGCCUCUACAACGAGAAGCUCUCCGGCACCGCCUUCACGGCGCCUCGCCACGAGAACAAGCAGACCUGGCUCUACCGCAUCUUGCCUGCUAGCGCACACUCCAACUUCGAACCACGAGAGAGCUCCUCGUACGACCUCAACCCUGGCGGCUUACGAGACGCAAAGUGGCACCAGAUUCCGAAUCAACUUCGAUGGGAUCCCUUUGAUCUAGACGAGACGGUGGACUGGGUGCACAGCUUGAAACUGGUUGCUGGAGCAGGUGACCCGACGAUGAAGAGCGGCCUAGGCAUACUCAUAUACGCCGCUGGAAAGGACAUGGACGAGAAGCACGCUUUCUACACUGCGGAUGGCGAUCUCUUGAUCGUACCGCAACACGGAGCACUAGAUAUACAGACUGAGCUCGGUAGACUCCUCGUCAGACCGAACGAGAUUGCCGUGAUACCUCGAGGCAUUCGACAUCGCAUAACCCUGCCAGAAGGCCCGGUUCGAGGCUAUGUUCUGGAGCUAUAUCAGGGACAUUUCGAGCUGCCUGAGCUUGGGCCCAUUGGAUCUAACGGUCUGGCUAAUGCACGAGACUUCCAAGCCCCUGUGGCAGCCUUCGAUGAAGAUACCGAGAGCGAAUACACGCUGUUUGCGAAGUUUUCCGGCACGCUUUUCGCGGCCAAGCAGAAUCACACUCCAUUUGAUGUUGUUGCAUGGCAUGGCAAUUACUAUCCUUACAAGUACGACCUCGGACGAUUCAACACGAUCGGGUCCAUUUCAUACGACCACCCCGACCCGAGCAUCUUCACAGUUCUGACCGCCCAGUCCGAUCAUGCCGGCACUGCGAUCGCGGACUUUGUGAUCUUCCCCCCACGAUGGCUUGUAGCAGAAGAUACGUUCAGACCACCGUGGUAUCACCGUAACACCAUGUCUGAGUUCAUGGGCCUCAUCCAUGGACAGUACGAUGCGAAGACCGGUGGCGGCUUUCAGCCUGCAGGUGCUUCUCUGCACAAUGUCAUGAGUGCUCACGGACCAGAUGCAUCGACGCAUGAGAAGGCCAGUAACCUUGAGCUCAAGCCAGCCAAGGUUGGUGACAACAGUAUGGCUUUCAUGUUUGAAUCGUGCCUGAUGGUUGGUGUGACGGAGUGGGGUUUAAAGCAAUGUCAAAAAGUGCAGGACAAUUACAAUGCUGAGUCGUGGGAGCCUUUGAAAGCUCACUUCAAUAGGAAGGCGAGCGUACCCAAGCCUGACGCCAAUGGAUCCCAGGAGGCAAACCAGCAAGCUUUACCACACUAUUCGUAGCGUGAUAUAUGAUAACUCUAAGGGACAUGUUCUAGAAAGUGCGGAUACUGCCAAAGCGUUUUUGCGUUUUUGUACACUUACACGCGCCAUCCACGGCUGUAUAUAUACCAUAUUCUUAUUCUCCUCUUUC